AGCAGUGAACUGCUGGAAAACUGACUGACAGAGAGAGAGAGAGGUAGAGAUAGAGAGAGAGAGAGGUUCCUGUCGUAGGUCGCUAUCGUCGCUGCAGCCUCUGCCCUCGUUUUAUGAGAAAAGCACCGCAGCUCCCGUCGCUCCACAGAGGUUUGUGGUGCUCCUCUUUAGAGUUUCCUGCUGUUACAUGGUAACACAGAGCUGAAAACAAGAGAUGCAGACAAAGAAAAAAACGCUGUCAAACUGAGGUGUUGAAGAUGGCAGUGUGGAUCCAGGCCCAGCAGCUCCAGGGAGAUGCUCUGCACCAGAUGCAGUCUCUCUAUGGUCAGCACUUCCCCAUCGAGGUGCGGCAUUAUCUGUCCCAGUGGAUAGAGGGCCAGCUCUGGGAUGUCAUAGACCUGGAGAACCCGCAGGAGGAGUUAAAGGCCAAGCGCCUGCUGGACAGUCUGAUACAGGAGCUGCAGAACAAGGCUGAGCACCAGGUGGGAGAAGACGGCUUCCUCCUCAAAAUCAAACUGGGACACUACGCCAACCAGCUCAAGAGCACGUAUGACCGCUGUCCUCUGGAGUUGGUCCGAUGCAUCAAACACAUCCUCUACACGGAGCAGAGGCUCGUCAGAGAGGCCACAAACUCGAGCUCUCCUGUGGGCGGGAUGAUGGACAGCAUGUCUCAGAAAUACCAGCAGAUAAACCAGGCCUUCGAGGAGCUUCGCCUGAUGACCCAGGACACGGAGAAUGAUCUGCGCAAGCUCCAGCACAACCAAGAGUAUUUCAUCAUCCAGUACCAGGAGAGCCUCCGCAUUCAGGCUCAGCUGACCAGCCUGACCACACUGCCCCCUGCUGACCGACAGCUACGGGAGCCCGCCCUCCUCAGCAAGAGAGCCACUGUGGAGGCAUGGCUGACCAGAGAAGCCAACACACUACAGAAAUACAGACUGGACCUUGCAGAGAAGCACCAGAAAACGCUGCAGCUGUUGAGGAAGCAGCAGACCAUCAUUCUGGAUGACGAGCUAAUCCAGUGGAAGAGACGGCAACAGCUGGCGGGCAACGGGGGCCCGCCGGAGGGAGGCCUGGACAUCCUGCAGUCCUGGUGUGAGAAGCUGGCAGAAACUAUCUGGCAGAACAGGCAGCAGAUCCGGAGAGCAGAGCACCUUAGACAACAGCUGCCCAUUCCUGGCCCCAUUGAAGAGCUGCUCAACGAACUCAACAGCACUAUCACAGAUAUCAUUUCAGCAUUGGUUACCAGCACCUUUAUUAUCGAGAAACAGCCUCCACAGGUGUUAAAAACCCAAACCAAGUUUGCGGCCACAGUACGACUCUUGGUGGGGGGGAAGUUGAACGUGCACAUGAACCCUCCCCAGGUCAAAGCCACCAUCAUCAGUGAACAGCAAGCCAAGGCCCUGCUGAAGAACGAGAACACAAGGAAUGACAGCAGCGGGGAGAUUCUCAACAAUAACUGUGUGAUGGAGUACCAUCAGACCACAGGCACUCUCAGCGCCCACUUCAGGAACAUGUCUUUGAAGAGGAUCAAGCGAUCGGACAGGCGAGGGGCCGAAUCUGUCACAGAGGAGAAGUUCACCAUCCUGUUCGAGUCCCAGUUUAGUGUUGGAGGCAAUGAGCUUGUCUUUCAAGUGAAGACGUUAUCACUUCCUGUGGUGGUAAUAGUUCAUGGUAGCCAAGACAAUAACGCCACGGCAACAGUGUUGUGGGACAACGCUUUUGCAGAGCCGGGACGGGUGCCUUUCCUCGUGCCAGACAAGGUGCUCUGGCCUCAGCUGUGUGAUGCCAUCAACAUGAAGUACAAGGCUGAGGUGCAGAGCAACCGAGGCCUGUCCGAGGAGAACCUGGUCUUCCUGGCUCAGAAGGCCUUCAGCAGCUCGAGCAACAACCCUGACGACUACCGCAGCAUAACUAUGACCUGGUCACAGUUUAACAGGGAAAGCUUGCCAGGGAGGAACUUCACAUUUUGGCAGUGGUUUGAUGGUGUGAUGGAACUCACAAAAAAGCAUCUUAAACCACACUGGAAUGACGGGGCCAUCUUGGGCUUCGUGAACAAGCAGCAGGCUCAGGAUAUGCUGAUGUCCAAACCCAACGGUACUUUCCUUCUGCGCUUUAGUGACUCUGAGAUCGGAGGAAUUACAAUAGCCUGGGUGGCAGAAAAUCCUAAUAAAGCAGGUGAGAGAAUGGUUUGGAACCUCAUGCCCUACACAACCAAAGACUUCUCCAUUCGCUCUCUGGCCGACCGCAUCAGCGAUCUCAAUCACCUCCUGUUCCUCUACCCCGACAGACCCAAGGAUGAGGUGUUCUCCAAAUAUUACACCCCGCCCCUCUCUAAAGCUGUGGACGGCUACGUGAAGCCGCAGAUCAAACAAGUGGUGCCCGAGUUUGCAACAGCCAAUCCAGACCCAUCAAGUGGGAACCAAACCUACAUGGAUCACGGCGCAUCGCCAGCACCUGUCAGUCACCCUCACACCUAUGGCAUAUACCCACCUAUGAGCGACUCGAUGCUGGACGCGGACGGAGACUUUGACCUGGACGACACCAUGGACGUGGCGAGGCACGUGGAGGAGCUCCUCCGGCGGCCCGUAGAGAGCCAGUGGGGCGGCCAACAGUCAUGACCCUCGGACCCUUUUAACCUGCGACAACACCAAACGAACCCUGCCUCCCAACUUGCCCCACUCGCAUUGACAUCUCUCAUGGUUUAAUUCCAUCCACUGCUCUUUUGUUUCUGAUAGCUAUAAUGUGAAAUGUUAAUAAUGGUUGUGAUCUUUUUUUUUUUUCUUUCCAGCAUGAGAGCAUGCACGUCAGUGACUUCUCUUAGUUUUGUUUGUGUCUUUUAGUGUUUGUAAAACAGACUAGGUAUAAAUGCAAAACCUACAAUGUUACAGUAUUGUGAAAACAGAAGAAGAAGAAAUAAUGUUCAUUCACAUCGUGCAUGCAUCUCCGGUUGAUUUUGAACAGAUUUAAACAAUAUGCUACUGUAUGAAGUCCUUUUAACAGCUGAAUGUUUUUAUUUUGUUAUAUUCUCUUCUUUGUAAAUGGGUUAUCAGUAUUUUUAAAGUGACACGGAGCUUGCCCUUUGACAAAAAAGAAACUAGUGAAGAAGUUUCACUCUAAACAACACGAUCUGAGUCACUGCUCUGCAGAGUUAGUCGGUUUUUCAAGUCUGUGUACACUAACCUAAAGGCAGAGUCACUCUCAUUGCGACUGACAGCACACACAUCAGCACAGCACAGCACAACACGGUGCACACAGACACACACACACACGCAGUUGGGUCGAGUGUACAAUGUAUUUGUUCUGAUUUUUUCACCAGCUGAAAUGCAGCAGGGGGGGGGGGGUCUACGCUCCUCCCUCGCUCUCACAGGGCUAUCUAUCUUCUGUUUGUACACAGAAAUGCAUAUUGAAGCAUUUACCCGCCGCUGCCUGCUCGUCCUCUCAGGUCCCUCCGUCCCCCUCAUCAACGCUACCUCGCAUCAUUCUACUGACAGUCAUUGUUACUUUCCGUUGUUGUUAUCUGCCACCACAUCCACACCAGCAGGUACGGUCAUCGUUUUUUUGGGGGUUCUUGUAAUUUGCGUUGGCCGUGCGUGAAGACGUCCCCCUCACUGACUCUGUUGGCUGGUUGUUGUUUUUGUUUGUUCGUUUUUUUAAUGCUUGAAACCACUCACCUGAAGAAAGUGUCAUGUCCGGUCGGCGUGUUUGACUAUCAGCAGGCAGGGCUGCUCCCUUCUGACUUAUCCGCCUCUCUGUAGUUGAGUCACGGCGUCAGCAGCUGAAGACGCGGGGACAUAGAUAGAUAGAUGGAUGGAUGGGCGCAGGCUUUGGAUGCUUGCACACUCUCACUAGUCGCCGGGCCGCAUUUAGAACACGAGCCUGUGGAGUUGAGUCAGUCCACCUCUUCGUCUGGCUUUUGGUUUUGUUCGAGAUUUCAAGAUUAGUGUUUCAUUGUGCGUCACCUGUUUGCGCUAGUAGAAAAUGCUGAGACUAUUACCCCCCACUGCCUCCACUUGACACAAACACACUCGCACACAAGAACACUCACUAGAUUGCGUGUCAUUGAUAAAAAAAAAAAAAAGCCUUGCACCUCAGGAAGAAAUCGCUUUGCUCAGCUGAUGUAUAAGCCAAAUAGAAAAUGAUCUAUGUGCACAGAAUAUAUAUAUACACAUUUAUUUUCUCUAUCAUAAUUCUACGUUGUUCUAAUGAAUGUAACCCCUCCGCAUGACCCUGUUGAGGAUUUGCAUACAGACAACUACCCCCCCCGGGUCUGAGCAGAAGUUUCAUGUUGCCAGAAGCACCAGUUGAAAACAGGACAAAGAGCAACUGGAAUUUAGAGAAGAAUUGACGACGUACUUUGGGUUUGUCCGACAGACAUUACAUCACAGUAUUUAAAACACAUCCCCCCCCCCAUUUAUUUUCUUCUUCUGUCUCCUACUUCCUUCACUAGUUUUUGAAAUCUCAGCCUACACUUCUUGUGAUAUAUCCUUCAUUAACAUAAUCCGUCAUUCAUUUUUUUUUUUUCUUUCGAGCUUUGUUCCACUGUAGACUGUGUACUUUCUUUCGAUGACGUAGAUGGCGCUGUGUGCUGUUUGAUGUAUGUACCAUGUUUCGUGGUUCGGGUUUAUCACUUGGGAGUUUUUUCCAAGAGAAACAGCUGUUGAGUUGAAAAAGAAGAAAAUAAAGUUUUUAUAAAUAAUUUCAACUAAGCCUGUAGAAGUACGGACGAUCUUGAUGUCACUACAAAAUAAAUGCUUCUUUUUUUUUUUGUA